UUCAGUUUAAACUUUCAAUGAACUAAUAAAAAACAAUUUGUAUAUUUCAAUACCUGCCUAUGUAUUUAUUCAUAUUCAAUUAAUUCAAUUACGUGUUAUUGUGUGCAUUAAUAAUGGAAGAGGAUAAAUUCGCGCUGGUUGAAAAAAUAAUAAAAGAUAUUGAAAAUGUUUUGUCGAAAAACGCUGAGUUGUACGCUUUCGACAUAGUUCCAGUGGAUAGUAAUUUUCGCAAUAAAACUCCGGUUCUUCAUUUAGAAAAUUGCUUAGGGCUGGAGUCGUGGUGUGUUAAACAUGUGUACAUGUAUUGCUACUCAGAAUUAAUGGAUAAAUAUUUCUGCAAAACUAAACGUCGAAACAGCACACUCGGCUCUAUACAUUCGGAAAAACUAGGUCGAUUAUUGAGUGUAACACUUUUACUGAACCCAGAACUUAAUACAUUAUGGAACAAAAGGCGUGAUAUGGUACUCAGAAAUUUAUUAGAAAAAAGUUCAGAGUUGAAAUUGACUAGAUUAGUAUUGUCAAGGAAACCCAAAUGUAAUGAGGCGUUUGGGUAUAGACGAUGGCUACUCGAGGCUAUAUUACAAGAUGAAAACCUCCAAUCAAACUAUGUCCAGAAUCUUGUUAACGAGGAGCUUCAUCUCUGUCAAAUUGCCUCAGAUAAGAGUCCUAAUAAUUAUCACAGUUGGAACCAUCGUAUGUGGUUGCUUAAUACAUUAAAGAAAAUUACAAAUUUUAGCUUGGACCUCUUAUACAUCAAAGAAUAUAAUUUCUCGGAAAGAUGGACAUCAAAACAUGUUUCAGAUUUUAGUUGUUUUCACUAUAGACAAUAUUGCAUAAAAAAUGUUAUCUUACAUUUGAAUGAUGUAUUCUGGAAAAUGUUUCAAAACAGCAUUGAAAUUGACUUACGUAAAUGUUUUGUUAAUGUUCUGUUAAAAGCUUUACAGAAUGAUAUGACUUUACUGAACACAGAUGAAAAUUUAAUGGAGUACUCUGACGAAAAGUUAAUAAAUUUGCUCCUUUCAAAUACUAGAAAUUGUAACUGUAAACAUAAUAAUGUUUAUCUAUGUAGAAAAUUUGAAGUACUUUUCCAUGAAUUAGUUUUAAAUAGUGAAUUGAUACAGUUCUAUAAGUGGCAUGAGUCACUAUGGUACCAUAGACGGUACAUCGUUCAUGAGUUGAUCAUUUCCAUGUAUGAAUAUUUCGGAUUGAAGAAGCAGAAUGGGGCUCUAGUCAAAGACAAUUGUAAGAAAUGUAAUUCUAAUGAUUUAAGGCAAAAGCAAGUGAAGAUAGUAAGAUAUGAUUGUAAUCGUGUUUAUUCUAGUGCUAUAUUUAAAGUGCUCAUCUCGCAUGAAAGAAAGUUCAUUGCAGAAAGAAACGGUGAUUCAGAUAAAUUUGCAGAAAGACAUGAAAAAUACUUGAAAUUUGUUGAAGGAUUGAAUAUUGUUAUAUGAAUAGUUCUGUGUUUCUUGUGUGAAUUUACGUUUAAGCAAACAAAUGCUGUACUUAAACUGGAGUCAAGUUAUGGCUAGCGAAGGCUGCUGCGAUUGGCUGAAUGCUUGGAAUCUUUUUACAUUUGUAAUCGCAGGUAUUUUUUUUAAAAUUGUAAUUCUAGUUUUGAAACAGGAUUUUGUAUGAUCUAAUCAAAUAAGAUAAUGUUAUAAAAGUAUACCACACUAUUAAAAGACAUUUUAAUUAAAA